AUGGAAAGGUGGAAUUUUUUAGUCAAGUUAUUGGAAACUUGUUGCACUAAAUUAUCAAUUUCACAGUUGCAUUCACACUGUUAUAAAGUGGGUCUUGUUCAUGAUAGCUUCAUUGUUACCAAGCUCAAUGUUCUAUAUGCUAGAUAUGCUUCAAUUCACCAUGCACAUAAGCUGUUUGAAGAAACGCCUCACAAAACUGUUUAUCUAUGGAAUGCUUUGCUUAGAAGCUAUUGUUGUGAGGGAGAAUGGGUAGAGACAUUGUCUUUAUUCCGUCGAAUGAAUUAUAUUAGUUCUAUGUCAAUUGAGGAUAGUUUAAGACCUGAUAGUUACUCGGUAUCUAUUGCGUUGAAAUCCUGUGCGGGUUUGCAGAAGCUUUUUUUGGGUGAGAUGAUUCAUGGGUUUCUCAAGAAGGUGAGGAUAGAGGGGGAUAUGUUUGUUGGGUCUGCUUUGAUUGAUUUGUAUUGUAAAUGUGGUCAAAUGAAUGAUGCUGUGAAAGUUUUUAUGGAGUAUCCAAAACCUGAUGUUGUUUUGUGGACCUCGAUUGUUAGUGGUUAUGAGCAGAGUGGUAGUCCGGAGCUUGCGCUAGAUUUUUUCUCACGAAUGGUUGUUUUGGAGAGAGUGAGUCCUGAUCCAGUGACGCUUGUUAGUGUUGCUUCUGCUUGUGCUCGUUUAUCUGAUUUUAAGCUUGGAAGAAGUGUUCAUGGCUUUGUUAAAAGAAAGGGUUUAGACACUAAGUUGUGUUUGACUAAUUCACUGCUUAAUUUAUAUGGAAAAACUGGUUCUAUCAAGAGUGCAGCAAAUUUGUUUAAGGAAAUGCCUGAUAAGGAUAUUAUAUCUUGGAGCUCAAUGGUUGCAUGUUAUGCGGAUAAUGGAGCAGAAACUAACGCAUUAGAUCUUUUUAAUGAAAUGUUGGAUAAGAGAAUUAAACCCAACUGGGUUACUAUGGUUAGUGCAUUGCGAGCUUGUGCUUACACUUCCAAUUUGGAAAAAGGUAUGAAGAUUCAUGAAUUGGCAGUGAAUUAUGGUUUUGAAAUGGAAAUGACCGUCUCUACAACUUUGAUCGACAUGUACAUGAAGUGCUUUUCACCUGAAAAAGCAGUUGAUCUUUUCAAUAGAAUGCCCAUGAAGGAUGUAAUUGCUUGGGCUGUUUUAUUUAGUGGCUAUGCUGACAUUGGAAUGGUGCACGAGUCAAUGGGGGUUUUCCGUGACAUGUUAUCUAGCGGAACUCGACCCGAUGCUGUUGCUCUAGUUAAGAUUCUUACUGCUGUUUCAGAACUGGGGAUUCUUCAACAAGCUGUCUGUUUUCAUGCUUUUGUAAUUAAAAACGGGUUCGAAAAUAACCAAUUCAUUGGAGCAUCACUUAUUGAGUUGUAUGCAAAAUGUAGUAGCAUAGAAGAUGCUAACAAGAUUUUCAAAGGAAUGGCAUAUAAAGAUGUUGUUACCUGGAGCUCAAUAAUUGCAGCUUAUGGAUUUCAUGGUCAAGGAGAAGAGGCUUUGAAACUAUUUUAUCAGAUGGCUAAUCAUUCUGAUACUAAGCCUAAUAAUGUAACUUUUAUCUCAAUUCUAUCUGCUUGUAGUCAUUCAGGUUUGAUUAAAGAAGGGAUAAAAAUGUUUGAUAUCAUGAUUAGCAAGUACCAAUUGGUACCAAACUCAGAGCAUUACGCGAUAAUGGUUGAUCUUCUUGGUCGAAUGGGAGAGUUGGAUAUGGCUUUGGACGUAAUUAACAACAUGCCAAUGCAAGCUGGGCCUGAUAUAUGGGGAGCCUUACUCGGCGCAUGUCGCAUACAUCAGAAUAUAAAGAUGGGGGAAGUUGCAGCUAAGAAUCUUUUCGCUUUAGAACCUAAUCAUGCAGGAUAUUAUAUUCUUCUGUCAAAUAUUUAUUGUGUCGACGAAAAUUGGCAUAAUGCUACAAAGCUUAGGAGUAUGGUAAAAGAGAAUAGGUUGAAGAAGAUUAUUGGUCAAAGUAUGGUGGAGUUAAAGAACGAGGUUCGAUGUUUCGUAGCAAGUGAUAAAUUUCAUGAUGAAUAUGACCAAAUUUAUGAAAUUCUGAGAAAAUUACAUGCUAAAAUGAGAGAAGAAGGUUAUGAUCCUCAAUUCCCUAUAGAGGAAAUGCUAUGA